CAGGCGGAAGUGAAGAUGGAGGCGCUGGUUUUCAUUCUAUCGCUGGCCGAUUGUUGCGGCCUGAUCUUCCUGGCAGUUUACUUCAUUAUAACCCUGUCAGAUCUGGAAUGUGAUUACAUAAACGCCAGGGCCUGUUGCUCCAAACUGAACAAGUGGGUGCUGCCAGAGCUGAUCGGCCACAGUGCUGUCUCGGUCCUGAUGCUGGUCUCCAUGCACUGGUUCAUCCUGCUGCUCAACCUGCCAGUCGCCGCCUGGAACUUCCACAGGUACCUCUCCGUCCCCUCUGGCAACGUGGGCGUUUUCGACCCGACUGAGAUACACAACCGAGGCCUGCUGAAGACCCACAUGAAGGAGGCCAUGAUCAAACUUGGCUUCCACCUGCUCUGUUUCUUCAUUUACCUGUACAGUAUGAUCCUGGCAUUGAUCAAUGACUGAGCGCCUCGCUGGAGGGGUGGACAGGCACAAGCUUCAGGCACAGAGCUGGGACUGGGCUCUCACUUGGUCCUCUUCGGUUGGAAGUUGGAGAAGGUUGUAUCAUGCAGUUUAUAUUCUGGACCCGACUGAAAUGUGUUUUUGAGAUUAUUUUUUUUAAAGCAAUAAAGUUACAGUUUAAAAGUA